AUGUAGGUAAAUGCUGUCAACUAUGAGCAAUCUACAAGAAAGUAUUGCAGCUUCACCAGCCACUCCAUCUGUGAAAGACUUGGUGAAGGUUUUGUACGGAGGAAAAAGGUUUGACAACCAUGUGGAUGAAGUUUGGCCUAACCUUUUCCUUGGCGACAUGUCAGUAGCCAAUGAUCGCUACAGUCUGUGGAAGCUGGGAAUCACUCAUGUUCUGAAUGCAGCUCAUGGAAGGAUGCACUGUCAGGGGGGUCAUGACUUCUACGGCUCCACUGUGGACUAUUAUGGGGUGCCUGCAGAUGACUCACCAUCCUUUGACCUCUCUCACUAUUUCUCUCCCUCUGCAGAGUAUAUUCAGAGUGCACUUGACACAGCUGGUGCUCGGGUUUUUGUCCACUGUGCAGUUGGAGUGAGCAGGUCUGCCACCCUCGUCCUGGCCUACCUAAUGAUCCACCACCAUUACACCUUGCUAGAGGCCAUCAAUAAGGUCAAAGAGCACAGAUGGAUUUUCCCAAACAGAGGAUUCCUCAAACAGCUUCGUGCUUUGGAUCUGAAACUGCGCAAGACAUCCUGAGUAAU